UCAUCACUGGUACCUCUUUGUUUCCUUUUUUGAAUUUCUAUUUCUAUCUUUGGUGCUCUUUAACUUCUAUUCUCCCUCACUUGGUGGUAUUAUUUGUUUUCAGAAUACAUCUACAUGGAGGGUUACUGUCCCUAGACACAACAUAACCAUCAACACAGGGAUUGCACCCGUGGACCAGUGGUAUGUUGAGAUUAGCAUGUUCCAAGGCUUUGAAGCGUUACAUGCAAAAGCCCAGCUGCUUGAGACGCUCAAGGGAACCAUGCUAGACGUGACCAGAGAGCCCAUACUUCAGUGGACCAUUGGCAAAGAGAUUUCACCUCAGGCCAUCCUACUACAUGAACAUAGCAUCAUCAAAAUGCGGGUCACCCAGAGUCCAUGUGCCAGUGACGUGGCUGUAAUGGCACCCAUUUUUAAGCCAGGAGGCAACACAGGAAUUAUUCUAAGUGUGACCAAGUCAAGUUUCACAUCCAAUGACCGAUGGUUUAACGUGACGGAAGAGCUGUAUAGACUACAGACUUUAGAAAAAGGACCACGAGAGUGUACCAGCCCAUUAGAGAACUUCAUAUUGGACACAUCCUGGAUAGGAAGUGGGGAUGGCACAGGUGUUUAUUUGUUCUUUACAUGA